UGGUUGUAGCUCAAGUGCGCGCGCUCCCCGGACUUUGGCAACACAUUGUGUCCUCCGCGAUAUCCCAUGCGCUACUCUGCCGAUACAAUACGAUCCCGAACGAUUCGCUUCGUUUUGAAGAUACCCCUCUAAUAAAAAUCCCCAUUCUCGUCGCUCUCGCGUCGCGAUUUUUCCGAUCUCUUUUGUGCCGCAGUUUUUUGCGUUUUGACGGCGGCAUUUGUGCGAAUCGAAACGUGCUGCGAAUGAGACGCAAAUUCCGCUUUUGGAAACAUCAUAGUUUAUUGAAAAACUAUACGCUUAUAGUUUUAAAGUGUGCCUACAAUUGUGCAGAUAAUAAAAGGAUAACUUAUUACUUAUUCACUUGAACGAAAUGAAUUUGGUAUCCAAAGAUUGAAAAGUUGUCUGAAAAGCUUAGCAACAGAGACCAGCCUUCGUCCACUUGACCAACUUGCGGCUAUCGGCUCUAAUCAAGGUUCCUGAGGUGUUUUUCGAGAACCGUUUUCAACUGCUAUCUGCUGCGGAGAGUGAUUACCUAUGUGCUCUAUGCUGUUGCUGCUGUUGGCACAGUUAGCCGUAAACACUGAUUAUGCCAUUGUUGCUAGCAAACUACUAUCAGCAGCAACUUCAGCAACGGCAGCAGCGUGUUGCUAGCAACAACGGCAUGUUACUUGAAUACAAAAGCCAUUGCAAUACAAAUCGGGGCAGCAACAAUUGCAGCAGUAGCAACAACAGGCGCAGCAGCAACAAGCAGCGACAGCUGUUCGCAGCGGAAGCACUAACAAUGUCAACGCCGACAACAACAUCGAAAUACAAAAUCAAUGGCGAGGCCACCGAAGGCGUUUCAGCAUCCACACUGCUGUAUCAUCAUCCGCAUCACAGCCAUCGUCAUCAUCACCAUCACCAUCAUCAGCAGUCGCAGCAGCAGCACCAGCACCAGCAGCAGCAACAUCAUCAUCUGCAACAGCAACAGCAGCAGCAGUUGCUGCUGCAGCAACAGCUCCUGCAGCAACAUGUGGCCAGCAGUUCGCCGCUGCAACAUCUGAGCAAUCUGUUUGGCCAGCAUUUGCCUACGCACAGCCUGCAGCACUUGAUUGCAGCAGAGUACUGGCAGCAGCAGCAGCAACAACAGCAGCAGCAGCAACAACAGCCAGCAGCAACAAUUAAAAGCGAGCCAACAACUCAAUCAGUGGCAGCAACAUCGGUCUUCAGCUUCACGCCGCAGCAACACGUCAAUUUUGCCGCCUCAUUAGUCGCAUUACAGCAAAAUGAUGCCCUGCCCGAGGCAACAAUGGCAACGGCAACAGCAGCACCAACAACAGCAGCGACAACUGCAUCAGGAGCAGCAACUGCAGCAGCAGCAGCAGCCGCAACAAGUCCUGCAGCAGCGACAACGUUGCAGGCGCCAACAGCAACACAAGCGGCAGCAACAAUCGACGACAUCGGUGAUGAUGAUGAUGAUGAUGAUGACGACAGCAACAUCGGCGACCACAUGCAAAAUGCAGGCGUUGGCAACUUUAAGUUCGAGCCAAGACAACAACUGGCCACGCCGCCGAAUGAAGCUGUCCUAACGAGUUGCGAGGAGAACAAAGAUGGAACUUUGACUGCUGUUGACACAAAUAUGCGCGAUGUCAGCGCAAAUCACAGCAGCUCCUUUCUCUCGUCCUCGCCCGCCUCCUUGACUCUGGUGUCCUGCCACACCCCCUCGCCGCCGCCGUCGUCCCUUGCGGAACAGGACGAGGAAACGAGGAGAAGGAUGCGGGACAAGAAGCUAACGCUCGAAUUGAAGUUGCAAUCGUGUGAUGAAUAUGUUGAGCAGCCAAAGGAUAAAGGAGCCGAACGGCUGCAUCCAGCUCAGAUUGCCAACGACAAUGCUCCGUCGCCUCUGCAUUUGAAAGUGGAGGAGCAGGACGAGGGCGAGGAGCGGCAGGAGCAGGAGCAGGCGGAGGUAAAGGAUAAGGUCCUGGAACUGACUGGAGCAGCAGUUGCUCUCUAUGGCCACUUGAACAAUGCCAGCAAGGAUGUGCGAGAUUUAGAGCAGUGUCUGAAAUUGCAGGACCCAAAUGAUAUCAGUCGUCUGUCGCGUUCGCCGUCACCACUUCAAUCGAAUGCUUCCGAUUGCGAUGACAACAACUCGAGUGUGGGCACCUCGAGCGAUCGCUGCCGAUCUCCUUUGAGUCCUGCGCUCUCCUUGAGCCACCAGCAGGCCAAGCGCCAGCUGAUGUCGCUGCAGCCCCACCCGGCGCACCACCAUCACAAUCCGCACCACUUGAAUCACCUGAACCACCAUCAGUACAAACAGGAGGAGGAUUACGAGGACGAAAAUGGUGGGGCAUUGAACUUAACCAGCGACAAUAGUCGUCACAGCACUCAGUCUCCAUCGAAUUCGGUGAAAUCGGCCACAGCAUCGCCGGUGCCGGUGAUUUCAGUGCCCUCGCCAGUGCCGCCCAUGAUCUCGCCGGUUCUGGCGCCCUCGGCUGGUGGAGCCACCACACCCAAUUCCAUGGCAGCAGCGGCUGCAGCAGCCGCCGCCGUGGCAUCCACAAUGGGCAGUGGCAUCUCGCCGUUGCUGGCCCUGCCGGGCAUGUCCUCGCCACAGGCUCAGCUCGCAGCAGCUGGCUUGGGCAUGAAUAAUCCACUGCUGACUGGUUCGCUGUCGCCACAGGACUUUGCCCAGUUCCAGCAGCUAUUGCAGCAACGCCAAGUGGCGUUGACGCAGCAGUUCAACAGCUACAUGGAGCUGCUGAGGAGUGGUUCCCUGGGCUUGGCGCAGGAUGACCCUGCUCUGACCACCCAGGUGGCGGCGGCCCAGUUCCUAAUGCAGAGCCAACUGCAGGCCCUGAGUCAGGCCACCCAGCAAUUGCAGGCACUGCAGAAGCAGCAGCAGCAGCAGCGCCAGGCGGAGGAGCCACUGCAGCUGAACCACAAGAUGACACAGCAGCCACGCAGUUCCACACCGCACUCGAUCCGCAGUCCCAUCGCCAUUCGUAGUCCGGCCAGCUCACCCCACCAGAUGCACCACCACCACCAUCACCCACUGCAGAUCACUCCGCCCAGCUCGGCGGCCAGUCUGAAACUGAGUGGAAUGCUGACGCCCAGCACGCCCACCAGUGGCACCCAGAUGAGCCAGGGCACCACCACGCCGCAGCCCAAGACGGUGGCCAGUGCGGCAGCUGCUCGGGCAGCGGGUGAGCCAUCGCCCGAGGAAACCACCGAUCUGGAGGAGCUGGAGCAGUUCGCCAAGACCUUCAAGCAGCGCAGAAUCAAGCUGGGCUUCACCCAGGGCGAUGUGGGUCUGGCCAUGGGCAAACUGUAUGGCAAUGACUUCUCGCAGACCACGAUUUCCCGUUUCGAAGCCCUCAAUCUGAGCUUCAAGAACAUGUGCAAGCUGAAGCCGCUGCUCCAGAAGUGGUUGGACGAUGCCGAUCGCACCAUCCAGGCCACCGGCGGUGUCUUCGAUCCUGCGGCCCUGCAGGCCACCGUCAGCACACCGGAGAUCAUUGGACGCCGUCGCAAGAAGCGCACCUCCAUCGAGACCACCAUUCGCGGCGCCCUGGAGAAGGCCUUCCUGGCCAACCAGAAGCCCACCUCGGAGGAGAUCACCCAGCUGGCCGAUCGCCUGGGCAUGGAGAAGGAGGUGGUGCGCGUGUGGUUCUGCAAUCGCCGGCAGAAGGAGAAGCGCAUCAAUCCCUCCCUGGACAGUCCCACGGGUGCCGAUGACGACGAGUCCUCCUAUAUGAUGCACUAAGGGAUUAAGGAUUGUUGAAGGAGUGCAGGGAGGUCACUUUUAGGGACAAAGACAGUGCAAUGUGCGGGAGAAAGCGAAGGAAGCUUAGCAACAGCAGGUUCAAAGUCGCAAACACAUCAAACACUAGCAUAAUUCUGAAUUCUGUACUACGGAUAGGUAUCAGCUCCUACACAAAAUGGGGUUUGCUUAUGUUAACUAUUAAUGGUAUUUAUUUUAAUGUAAUUCUACUAUAAAGGUUAUCCAAAAUAUCGCUGCUCAAGUGAACAGCCACUCAUUCGGCAUUCAAGUUUACUUGAUCAACAACAUUUUGUGGAUCAUAAGGAAUUGGUAUUUAUUUGCCUUGAUAAGCAAAUAAAUUCGGCUUUUUUAUGAUGCUUUGUGGCGUUUGUGUAUUACUAAUAUUUAAGUACAGUCUUUGCACAAUUUUCGAAGUCAAAAUAAUGAAUUCCUAGCGAAUAAUUAGAAAGUCUAGCACUUUCCACGUAAAACCCGUAGAUUAUAUUGUAAGCAUAUUUAUUUUUCGCGUGAAUACUGUGAUAAUCAAUUUGAAUGAUUUUAAUUUUAAUACAUGAAAAAGAAAACAAAGAAAAAUAUUAUAAACAUAAACUAACUGUACUUUGUAUGUUAUGAGCAAGUAAACUAACACGAAAAACAUUUAAUUUAAACCUAUCGUAUUUAUGUGUAAAAACUGAUUGAAUUUAUGAAACACGAAAAUAUUUACAAUUGUAAAACAUGAAAUACUAGAAUUUUUAAAUGUAUAACAAAAAUGAAAA